AUGGGGUGGUGGUGUGUCCCGACGGCCACCUUUGCCAUCUCCAUCCUGCAGCAGAUUGAGCUCGAUCUCAAAGCCACCCAGGCCCUGGUGCUGGCGCCCCACCCCCGGGAGCUCGCCCAGCAGAUCCAGAAGGUGGUGAUGGCGCUGGGCGAUUACAUGGGGGCCUCCUGCCACGCCUGCAUUGGCGGCACCAACGUUCGUGCCGAGGUGCAGAAGCUGCAGCUGGAAGCGCCGCACAUCAUCGUCGGCACGCCGGGCCGUGUCUUCGACAUGCUCAACCGCCGCUACCUCUCCCCCAAGUUCAUCAAGAUGUUUGUGCUGGACGAGGCUGACGAGAUGCUGAGUCGGGGCUUCAAGGACCAAAUCUACGACAUUUUCCAGAAGCUGAGCGGGAACACGCAGGUGGUGCUGCUGUCGGCCACGAUGCCCCUGGACGUGCUGGAGGUGACCAAGAAGUUCAUGCGGGAGCCGAUCCGCAUCCUGGUGAAGAAGGAGGAGCUGACGCUGGAGGGGAUCCGCCAGUUCUACAUCAACGUGGAGCGGGAGGAGUGGAAGCUGGACACACUGUGCGACCUGUACGAGACGCUGACCAUCACGCAGGCCGUCAUCUUCAUCAACACCCGCCGCAAGGUGGACUGGCUGACGGAGAAGAUGCACGCCCGCGACUUCACCGUCUCCGCCAUGCACGGUGACAUGGACCAGAAGGAACGCGACGUCAUCAUGAGGGAAUUCCGCUCCGGCUCCAGCCGUGUCCUCAUCACCACCGACCUGCUGGCACGCGGGAUCGACGUCCAGCAAGUGUCGCUCGUCAUCAACUACGACCUGCCCACCAACCGCGAGAACUACAUCCACCGGAUCGGGCGGGGCGGGCGGUUCGGGCGCAAGGGCGUGGCCAUCAACAUGGUGACGGAGGAGGACAAACGGACGCUGCGGGACAUAGAGACCUUCUACAACACGGCCAUUGAGGAGAUGCCGCUCAACGUCGCCGACCUCAUCUGAGGGGGGGUGCGGGGGGCGCGUGCCCCUCCCCCACCCACCCCCGCGGGCCCAUCCCCCUCC